AUGGGUAAUCGGUUGAAGGAAGAUGAGAAAAUCGAAAGAACAAUUCGCAGUCUUUUGAAACAUCCUCAGAAUAAAAGAUGCAUCAAUUGUAAUAGUCUGGGACCACAAUAUGUUUGCACAACCUUCUUGACAUUUGUGUGUACAAAUUGUAGUGGAGUACAUCGGGAGUUCACUCACCGAGUGAAAUCAGUGUCGAUGGCUAAAUUUAAUGCAGAAGAAGUUAGUGCUCUGCAGGCAGGGGGAAAUGAGCGAGCAAGACAAAUUUAUUUUAAAGAAUGGGAUCCUCAGUACCAUGCUUACCCUGAUGGCAGUAAUCUUCAUAGACUCAGGGAUUUUAUCAAGCAUGUCUACGUGGAUAGAAAAUACACUGGUGAGAGGAGUGUUUACAUUGGUGAGAGAAGUGUGAACAAGCUUUCAAGGCUGCGAUUGGGCAAUGAGGAGUCUGAUGAAGGCAGGAAGGUAGGUUCAUAUCAUGGUGGAUCUAGGAGUGUCCAUGAUGACGACAUGCAUGAACGGAGUUAUAGUCAAGGAAUGAGUCCAGGUGAAAGAGGUACCGACAGAAGUUUAAGAUAUUACUAUGAUGAAAGAAGAAGUCCUCGAUAUUCUCAAGAAAAUGUAAGAAGUGGUGGUGUCAAGAGAAAUCCUCUGCGUUUUGAGAUUGUUGAUAACAGGAUUCGGGAGGAAAAAACCAGACGCAAUGGAUCCUCAAGUGGAGAAUUCAAGGUCCAAAGCAGGGCAACUGAAAAUAAGAAGAACAUGGAGAGGUCUCGUUCCCUUGUUGCACGCUCCACUGCAGAGAAAAUAGCGCAGAAUGUGCCUCCUCUACAGAUUGGUGAAAUUUCUACAGAAAAUCAGAAGAAUGCUGAUGGCUCUGCUCAAAAUCAGAAAAUCAAAUCUGCCAAUGGCCAGGAUGGGAAUGCGACGGAAAACAAAAUAGUAAGCUUGAUUGAUUUCAAUACUGAUUCCGACCCCCCACAUGCCGCAGCAAAUUCACAAUCACAGCAAACACCUCCACCUAAUAAUGAUAACAACUGGGCCUCAUUUGAUUCAUCUUCAAAGGAGAAGGCAUCUCAGGUUCCAAAUCCAGACCCUUUGGAGUCUUUGCUACUUGAAUUGUCAGCUCCCUCAUCUGUACCUGCGACUAAUGCAUCUGAGACACCACGCAAUGAUGUUGCACCCUCAACUUUGUGUAUAAGCAACAUGCCUGCAGGCGGUGCUGCCCCAGCUGCACCUGUAGAGCAGAUGCCAACAUUACUUGAUGCUCUAACUGCUUCUACAUCUACAUCAACUAGUACCGCUGUACCAGAACAACCUGCUAAUGUAGGUCCUUUGCUAGCUCUACCUCCUCCUAGUGGGGGUGAUACCACUCUAAAAGUUAAUAAUGGGCAGCAGCCACCAAGUAUGCAGCAAUCCUUCCCUGCAGAUAGCGGUUCACAACAUAUCAAUACUCCGGUUCGAGCUUCAAAUGGUGAGUCAAGGACUUUACCACUGGCACCAAACAUACAAAGAUCUCUCAGUAUUCCUGUUGAAAAAUCAACUCAAUCUUCUUUAAAGCCAGCUGAAGAUACUGGCAGUAGAGCUGGAUCCCAAUAUUUUCCAGCGGAAACAAGAGCUAGUAUGAGAAAGGAACUUCCAGUGGACCUUUUCUCUGCUAGGUACUCAUCAGUCCCUGCACAAGCUUCAGGUUGGCAUAGUGCUCAAGCUCCUGGAAUGGGGUACAGCAUGCAGUAUUACCCUAACACAACGCCUGCUCCUGCAUUUCCUGCUCCAGCAAAACCAACAAACCCGUUUGAUCUUAAUGAAGAAAAAAGUGUAGUACAUUCCACACAUUUUCCUUCCAUGGCACCAUUGCAAGGAGCUCUGCAUCAUGUGUCAGCACCUCCAGGCUUGAUGCAUGCUUCCAGCCUUCCUACUCAUUUUUCGCAGUUGAAGGCACCUCAAUCUCCAACUAAUGAGUCCAUGAUGCCAUCACAUUCGCCUUCCUUUGCAACUGCAUUCCCUCCUAGUGCCUACAUGGGGCAGCAAUUGCAUAAUAAUUACAUGAGACCACAAGGAGUCGGUGGCUUUGGCAGGGACGAAGCUGUGUUUGGCGCCUUAAGCACAACUCAGCAACCAUUUCAGCAACCAAGUAUCAGAUACCCAGCACCCAGCAACUCAGAAACUUUUUCUUCAAUGAGAGGAAACCCAUUUGGAUAG